AUGUCAUCUACCGAGUACCGUGCUGGCAAGAGACCGCGAACCCAGUCUCUGCCGCCCCCAGCUCUCCCACAGCUUGUUGCAGAGCAACACCACCCUAUUUCGUCUACCGACCAUGACUCUAGAAGGCUCAUUGUCGUUCUCGCCAACGCCAGCCUCGAGACGUACCGUGCUGCUUCUCAGAACAGUGCGGCCAAUCGUCUUGGCCAUCGGGACGAGAAGUAUUCUCUGCUCAAUAGCGACGAACACAUUGGUGUCAUGCGCAAGAUGAACAGAGAUAUCAGCGAUGCCCGGCCCGAUAUCACACACCAGUGUCUGCUCACAUUGCUUGACUCGCCAAUCAACAAAGCUGGCAAAUUGCAGAUCUACAUUUUGACGGCAAAAGACGUCCUGAUUGAGGUGUCUCCGUCUGUCCGGAUACCCAGAACCUUUAAGCGGUUUGCUGGUUUGAUGGUGCAGCUGCUCCACAGACUGUCCAUCCGGUCUACUAACUCGCAGGAAAAGCUCCUUCGGGUUAUCAAGAACCCCAUCACAGACCACCUGCCGCCAAACUGCAGGAAAGUGACGUUGAGUUUUGAUGCCGAGGUCAUGCGUGUGCGUGACUACGUCGACAACCUCGAUGACAAUCAGAGCAUCUGCGUUUUUAUCGGAGCUAUGGCCAAGGGCCCCGACAACUUCGCCGAUGAGUUUGUUGACGACAAGAUCUCUAUCAGCAAUUACAGCCUCUCGGCAAGUGUUGCGUGCAGCAAGUUCUGUCAUGCCGCAGAGGAUUCCUGGGGCAUCAUCUAG